AUAUAUUAGGUUUGUAUAUAUAUACUCUCCUCGCCUUCGUUCCGGUUCCCGAUUGGCUCUCAAUUUCUUAUCCAGGCAAGGCGGCUAUGGCAGAAACGCAUCCUCCCCACGGUAAUGGCUUCAAGAAGACGGCGGUGCACGAGCAGACUGACCUUUCCCAUGGAGGCAAGGUUGAGGUGAUGGACGUUUCCGAUCUCCCUCCCUUUGGUGAUGGCCGCCUCAAGACCAUGACGCCCGAGCAGGAAGAGCUUUACCGCAGACAAGUCGCCGAAAGCGAUGGUUUCGAGGUUGGUGAUUUUGGGGAUGUUGUGGACUUCAUGAUUCGACCUCUGCCGGUAGAUGAUGAACUGAGGGGCAGAGAUCACUACGUUAUCACCUUGGAUAAAGUUGUUGAGAACUACAACUCUAACAGCAUCAAUGCCACAAAAAUAUGCGAUCCCUAUAUUCUGAAGUUAAAUAUCGACAUUGGAGGAGGUCCUAUGCUUUAUAUUACUUUCUCGGCCCGUGAUAUUGUCGAUGACAAUGCUGCCGGCGAUGCUGCUGAGCCGAAAGUUUAUCGAGCGAAGGUGCUGACGAUAUUUCCAGUUCAUAAAUCUGUCGUCUUCUUCUGCAGGUUCAAAGCUUCUAAAAAUGUUGAAACCCCCGGCCAAGGUGCUAUGGGCCCCUUUGACGCCCCAAAUGCAGGGCUUCCUCAUAGCUGGGCCCCCAACGACAGCAUGUCCUUGGGCUCUUCUCAUAGUACACCUUUUUAAAAAAUUUUUUUUUUUAUUAACUACCAAAAAUCAUACACCAUAAUGGGAUGUGAUAAAGAAGGCACGCCACCUAGUCUACGAUCGUUUGACAUACUACAUGUCAGUCAAUUAGGAAAUAUACAAUGAAGGGAAAAAAGGAAAAAAUAAAAAAUAGUCCUACAAGUUUGAUCUUCAAUCAAUUUUUAACAAUAUAAACUUCAAAAGUGUCGAAUUAAUUAUAUACAUUUCAUCCGGGAUAUUUUUAGUAUGUUCUGUAACUGGACAUAACAAAUUUGCUGACAUGAAUUUCAAGCUGUUAAUUUUA